AUGGAGCCCGCUUCGCCGAGAAGCCACUGCCGGGAGUGCGGCUGCGUCGGGCCGGUGAUGCGGCUGGACGGCCUGCCUGGCGAGCCGGUCCUCGUCGCUGGCCUGCCACGCUGCGGCUGCUUCCGCUCGCUGGCCGCGCGCGCCAACCCUGCUCUCACCGAGCUGCUCGCGCCAGCCUCGCACGCCAGCGCACGCGACGCCGGAGAGACGGACCCGCUGGUGCAUGCGCUGCUAGUCGAAGGCGGCGCGCGGGUGGCGCUGCUCGGCUCGCUGCAGCUCUCGGCCGAGCUCACGCUGGGCGACCUGGUGCCGCUCCACUGCGGCCAGUACGGCCUCAAGGCGCUGCCCUUCUUCCCGCGCCCCGAGAUGCACCUGAUCGCAAUCUCGGCCGAGGACGAGUGA